UGCUGCUCGCUGUUUUUGUAUCUGCUUCAGAGCGGAUUCAACCGCCAAGUAAGUUACGAUUUGCCAUGUCACGGUAAAGAAGUUUCAGAGCAGUUUAUUUACAGGUAACUGAAACUGUGUAGUCACGGAUAUACAUACCGCUAGACAUUAGCUGUGAAAUGAGAGCUUCUUUGUGUCUUUUGAGGGCAGUUUCUGGUGAUUUUUGAGCCGUUGUUGUUACUGUAAAGCUACACAGUGAAGCUAGAGAAGCCUCAUGUUUUCGACAAGCCAGGAGGAGUACUGCGCCCCGUCCAAAGACCCAGUCAAAUACGGGGAACUGGUGGUACUUGGGUACAAUGGCUCUCUGCCGAACGGAGAUCGAGGUAGAAGGAAAAGCAGAUUUGCGCUGUACAGGAGGACCAAAGCCAACGGUGUUAAGCCAAGCACUGUGCACAUCCUCAACACACCCCAGGCCAGCAAGGCUGUGAACUGUAAAGGCCAACACAGCAUCUCCUACACACUGUCCAGGAACCAGACGGUGGUGGUGGAGUACUGCCAUGACAAAGACACAGACAUGUUUCAGAUUGGGCGUUCCACUGAGAGUCCCAUAGACUUUGUGGUGACUGACACAAUAGCGGGAGGCCAUGAUGGAGAGGAGACUCCCAUCACACAGAGCACCAUCUCCCGUUUUGCCUGCAGGGUUGUCUGUGAGCGUAACCCACCCUUCACUGCUCGGAUCUUCGCAGCUGGUUUUGAUUCUUCCAAAAACAUCUUCCUCGGGGAAAAAGCCGCAAAAUGGAAGAAUCCUGAUGGUCACAUGGACGGGCUAACCACCAAUGGUGUGCUGGUAAUGCAUCCUAAGGGUGGCUUCACAGAGGAGUCAAAGCCUGGUGUCUGGAGAGAGAUCUCUGUGUGUGGGGACGUGUACACGCUCAGAGAGACACGCUCAGCGCAGACUCCGGGCAAACUGGUGGAGAAUGAGAGUAACACACUGAUGGACGGCUCCCUGGUGGAUCUGUGUGGAGCAACUUUGCUGUGGCGCACUGCCGAAGGCCUCUUCCACACUCCUACCCAAAAGCAUCUGGAGGCUCUCAGACAGGAGAUCAAUGCAGCACGGCCACAGUGUCCCGUAGGUCUUAACACGCUUGCCUUCCCCAGCAUGCAACGCAGCCGCGCCCUCUCCUCCCUGGAGGACAAGCAGCCUUGGGUCUACCUUGCCUGUGGUCACGUUCACGGCUACCACAACUGGGGGCACCGCACCGAGCACGAGCAGAGCGCCCAGCGAGAGUGUCCGAUGUGCCGCGUAGUCGGGCCCUACGUGCCUCUGUGGCUGGGCUGCGAACCGGCCUUCUACGUGGACACUGGGGCCCCCACGCACGCCUUCGUGCCAUGUGGACACGUGUGUUCGGAGAAAUCGGUCAAGUACUGGGCUGAGAUCCCUCUGCCCCACGGCACCCACGCCUUCCACGCCGCCUGCCCCUUCUGUGCCAGCCAGCUCAGUCUGACUCAGGGCUGCUCCAAGCUGAUCUUCCAGGGCCCGGUGGACUGAGCAGAAGAGUCCAGCUCUAGCGGAGAGGAUGAGACAUGAAUGCCAACGUGCUGUGAAACUGUUCGGAUUAUUUUAUGCUUUGUUUAGUUCAUGUCUGCCGGCUGUGGACUGGAGAAAGUUCUGCUCGCAUUCUGUGGAUUCUUUAUGACAGGGAACCAUUACCGGUUGUUCGAGGCCUCUUGUGGCUGCUUUGAGGCCUCUGUGGGAUACAGAGAUUUGAGGCACACAGGACCACAGAUGCCUGGCUCCUCUUGAAUGAAACACUGUUUUAGCCGUGCUGCCAGCCUACUGCUUUGAACAAGGCUGCAGCGAUCGGAUGUUUUUUUUAACUACAAUGGCUGCUGGGAUUGCAUCAUAGGGCCACAGAGUCAAGAUUGUUGAAGGAAUUAAUUGAUUUUACUCCUGAAUGAGACUGAACCAAAAAACACUGAGAAGAUUUUGUUGGGUCUGUUUGGAGUUAAGGGGUUUUUAGUUCAAUUCCUGGUGGGGUCUGAGUCUUUACAGAGCCAGACAGCUGGACUGUUGGCUGGGAGAAAGCACCGGAGGAACUCUGGAACUCUGGGAUAAAGUGUUCCCCUCCUUGAAACCCUGACAUCACCUGCUCCAUGCAGCUCUUUGGAUUUUUUUUCUGUUGGUUGAACAAACUUUGAGGAGGAUCCUAAGACUUUUUGUGUACAGAGAUAUAAUCCAGUGCCUCAAAUCCCAUUCAAAUGUGGGAAUAUUUUUCUUAAAUAUUUUGUCGAAAGGUAAAGGGAGAGAUAGUUUUACAUCCAGAAGACACAAGGAAAAUGCAACCCACACAGAUUCUUCUUCACGUUUUUAUCUGACUGAAGACGUAUUUUACUACACAGAGGCCCUUAUUACUGUUUUAUAAUGCAAAUGUUAAUAUAUUUUUCUCCUGCAUAAGUGAUGUGUGAGAGAGUGUGAGCAUUAAUGUAUGAUUGUGUGUGUGGGUUGGACUCUGUGGGCUUUGUUCAAAUCGCCCUGCAUCAUUUCACCCCAAUUCCUGUUUUAUGAUCUCACCCACCACCGAAAAGAAACGCUACCGGAGAGAACACAGGAGAAAAGCGACCUUGCUGGGUUUGACAAUGAAUGUAUCGAUACACAUCUGCUCUCCUGGCGGUGCUUCAUUUUACACAACUUGCUUUCUGAACGGCUGUGCUGUUAAAGGUAUGGAGUAUUUUUGGAAACUGUGCUACCAUCUGAGUCAGCCACACCUGCGUGCGUGUUCCUGCCCCGCACACAUGUACUGUUUUCAAUCUGCACUGUUGUUAGCUUUAUCCCACGCUGGGUCUGAUCCAAUGAUUUCUCCGCCGUCGAACCUGGGCACAGUCUCAGCAGCAUCCAGAGAUUAUACCAAAUAUAAGGAGGAGCUGUUUUUCCUCUCCACACGAGCGAUGGAACGUCCACUCUGUCGGCUCCAAAGUGUUUCUGUAAACACUUCUAAACCCAAACUGCUGCUACGGUGGAACGGCGACAGCUCUGGAUUACAGGCGAGGCGAUUUGCAACCAGAUGCAUGGAAAUAAUGAUAUUAUCGCACACUAUGCCAAAAUUAGCAAGUUCUAUUGUGUGUGGAUGAGUCAAGUUGUCCAAAACAAAGCAGCGGAUGAAUUGAAACUAAAGAAUCUGGGACGAAUCUGUGCAUUCUUCUGUGAUGUUCGCUCAGCAGACUGUGCCCAUAUGUAGAGUGUAGUUGAAGGCAUUAGUCUGCCACUAUCUUAUGAAAUAUAUUUGAUUAUGAAAUUAUGAAAUAUUGAGGGUAUUGUUCCUAUUCUAGCAUUCAAAUUUUCUUCAGGAUUGCAUUAAAAUGAAUACAAAUCACAAGUGUAGUUACAGUGAGAGUUCACCUUGACUGAAGCCUUCUUGACAGCUGGAGCAUUUCUCUGUUUCUGUUCCUUCCUAUGAGAAACAUACCGAGCUAUCUUCAAGGCAUCAGCAGCUUCAAUCUUAUCACAGAGCAUUUUUCUGAAUGGCUUGUUUGCUUCAGAUUUGAUGUAACUGCCAAGCAGGGUUGAGUACUAAGCCACAUAAUGUACAGUAGCAUUCCUCUCCAACACUCUGAGCUCCGACACUGUGCUGGUUUGCUUGAGACCGUGUUCUGUAACAGCUGCCGAGUAGCCGCCUCAAACAUUCCUCCUCGGUAAACAUGGGUGGGGCCCUCGGUUCACCCAAGGGCUUGUUCUAUGAUUUUUGUCUCCUACAGGAACUCUGUACACAAGCCAUAGAACGCACUGAUGCUCCCAAUGCCUCCUUUGCAAAGAAUAAAAUAUUUUUUAAAAACUGA